UUUCAACACACUUUAUCAUUUAUGUAUUGUGUCCUUCAAAGUUUAUAUAUAAGGUUUACUAUUUCAUUGUAAAUUGCACUCGCACACAUUAAUAAUUAUUUAUCAUCUUCUCCCUCUGCAAAUUCUUCUCUCAUGGCUGGUUACAGAUGGAUAAGGCCCGAGGUAUAUCCACUAUUUGCUGCAAUUGGUACUGUUGUUGGAAUAUGCGCCAUGCAACUUGUUAGGAACAUAUGCACCAAUCCUGAAGUCAGGGUAAACAAAGCGAACAGGAAGGCUGGUGUGCUUGAGAACUAUUCUGAGGGUGAGGGAUAUGCUGAACACAGAUUCAGAAAAUUUGUCCGAACUAGGCCACCUCAGGUUAUGCCGUCUGUCAACAAGUUCUUCUCUGAGCCCGAUUUGUAAUGAAUGAAUCAAGUUGUUAUCAGAAUAUUUGGUCAAGUUUGAAAUAAUUGAAUGUAAAAAGGUUAGAUGUGGGAGGUUCUUGUAACUUGUUGAUGGUUCUCAACUAUUUUUUUAAUGUAAUAAAAUAUUUCGGUACUUUUUGUUGCA